UAGAUGAAUUCCAUAUACAAACUUAUAUACUUCCAUCAAUAUUGCGUGAUAACAAAAUAAAAACUUACCAUCGACAUUAAACAGACAUUUCGACGCGUGGUGUGCGCCGCGACGCUUUAUUUUAAUUCAGUUCAGUAAUACUACAGUAUUCAUUGAAUUCAUAUCUCUUAAAUUAAAUUUAUAUUAAAAACACAUUUCUACUAGUGUUUUAAAUAGUGUUUCAUUAGUGUUUUAUUCUAGUGUUUUUAAUUAAUUCCAGCAGAAUAAUGAAUAAACGCAAGGAUCCAGGAGUAUUAACCUCCGAAGAAAACAAACAAAAACAUUAUUUAAUUGUAAAUAAAUCAUCAAAAGGUGAAAUAAUAGUAACAAAAUUAGCAAUUUUGCUAAUGGCAUCAACAUUUUUACUAUUAUUAAUUGCGGCAGUGAUUGGUACCUAUUUCUUAACAAUACAUUUUGUUGAGGCUAAUGCUACAACUGCAAAUCAUGAAGAGAAUGGACAUCAUAAUGGAUACCAUCAUAAUGGUAAUUCACCCGCAUCAUCAUCGUCGUCAGGAGCGGCUGCAGCCUACAGUAAAGAUAAUGAUAAGUUAUUAAAAAGUGCAUUAUUAAAUAUAGAUGCAUCACUACCUGUUAAUAAUAAAAAACCAAAGAAGAAUGUUAAUUAUCGUUUACCUACGCAUAUGAAACCAACGCACUACAGAAUUCAACUAACGCCAUUCAUAACAGAAGGCAAUUUUACAACGGAUGGUGAUGUCUCAAUAAAAUUAACAUGUUUAAAAAAUUCAUAUAACAUCACAUUAAAUGUUAAUGAUAUAUUAAUUGAUGAACGUAGCGUAAAUUUAUGUCAAUUUGAUUAUAAGCAAACUGAAUGUAAUAAUAUUGAAAUACGUGAUCACUUGUAUGAUAAAGAUACACAGCAAUAUAUUGUUAUUACAAAAGAGAAAUUAAUUACCACGAGAAAUUAUACCUUAAAUAUACGAUUUCGUUCAAAUUUAAAUGAUUUAUUACAAGGAUUUUAUCGGAGUUCGUAUAUUGAUCCAGAAACUGAAGAAAAGAGAUGGAUGGCAAGUACACAAUUUUCACCGACAGACGCACGGCGUGCAUUUCCUUGCUUUGACGAGCCAAGUUUUAAAUCAACAUUUAAAAUUAGUAUAGCACGUGAUUCAACACGUCACACAUCUUUAAGUAAUAUGCCAUUACGAAAAACACAACAAAUACCAUCACAAGAAAACUGGGUAUGGGAUCAUUACGAAGAAACACCAGUAAUGUCCACAUAUUUAGUGGGAUUUGUUGUAUCUGAUUUAAAAGCAGCCACAAAAAUAACACCUGACGCACCUAAUCAAAAAGUGAAUAUUUCCUAUUGGUCACGUGAAAGUGUUACAAAUAGCACAAUGUACGCACAAAUUAUCACACCACAAUUGUUAUCAUUUUUUGAAACAUAUUUUGGUAUACCAUUCCCGUUACCAAAACAAGAUUUAGUCGCUAUACCAGAUUUUGGAUUUUCGGCAAUGGAAAAUUGGGGUUUGAUUACAUUUAGAGAGUCUGUGUUAUUAUUUAAUGAAACUGUAUCAACAGCAAGAUCAUUACAAAGUACAGCAACAACAAUUGCGCAUGAGUUGGGCCAUCAAUGGUUUGGAAAUUUGGUAACACCAGCAAGGUGGGAAGAUUUAUGGUUAAAAGAAGGUUUUGCUGACUUUUCUGCGUAUUUGGGUGUUCAUCAAAUUGAAAAAACAUGGCAAAUGGCAGACCAAUUUGUUUUAGAAGUAACUUUCAAAGCAUUCGGCUUAGACCAAACGAAAUCAUCACAUCCGAUUUCAGUACCCGUAAAUAAUCCAACAGAUAUUCGUCAAAUAUUUGACCCGAUAUCGUAUAGCAAAGGUGCAGCAAUUAUUCGUAUGAUGUCACAGUUCUUAGGCGAAAGCGCUUUCCGUAAUGGUUUAAAAUAUUAUUUACACGAAUACAGUUACAGCAAUGGAAAACAAGAUGAUUUGUGGAGAGCAUUACACGACCAUAGCGAAGAAAAUACAUUGCCUAAAGGUGUAACAGUUAAAACUAUUAUGGAUUCAUGGACAUUAAAAGCUGGAUUCCCUAUAAUUACAGUUAAACGUGAUUAUGAAAAUGAUACUGCUAUUAUUACUCAAAAAAGAUUCUUAAUAACUGAAUCUCCCCAAACUGAUAAUGAAGAAAAGACAUUAUGGUACAUUCCAGUUACAUACACAACCCAAACUAAACCUGAAUUUAAUGAUACACGAACCAGAUUAUGGAUGACUAAGAAAGAAGAAAUGAUUGAAAAUUUACCAAAGGACGGUUGGGUGGUUCUUAAUAUUCAAACUGUUGGGUUCUACCGAGUAAAUUACGAUCAAGCCAAUUGGGAAAUGUUAACACAACGAUUUGUUAAUUUCCCAGAAAUAACACGUGUACAGUUUAUCGAUGACUCAAUGAGUAUUGCGCGAGCUAAUCAAUUAAAUUAUAGUAUUGCUUUGGAUAUGUUAAAACAAAUACCAAAAACUCAAUUUAGUUAUCUUGGAUGGAAAACAGUCAUUGACCAAUUAAACUAUUUAUACAAUAUGCUUGCAUUUAGUCCAUCGUUUGGCAAUUUCCAGACAUUUAUACAUACAAUUGUACAAGGCACAUACUCACGAUUUGAUUUUGAUGAAAAACCGGAAGAUCCACAUAUAAUUAAAUUACAUCGAGCACAAAUUUUAUCAUUAGCAUGUCAAAUGGGAUACGAACAUUGUACAAACCGUGCCCAAUAUUUAUUUAGAGAAUGGAUGAUUGAUCCAAGAACUACGGUUAAACCAAAUUUAAAAUAUGUUGUUUAUUGUACAUCGGUUCGAGAGGGUGGCGAACGAGAAUGGAAUUUCCUGUUUGAUCAUUAUAUGAAAUCGGAUUCAGCAUCGGACAAAGUAGUCAUAUUACAAUCAUUAGGAUGUUCAUCAACGCAUUGGUUGUUAGCCAGGUAUUUAAAUAUGACAAUUAGUGAAAAUAGCCCAAUUCGAAAACAAGAUGGAGCCACAGUUUUCGAAGCUAUUGCCAAUAAUAUUUAUGGUGCUGAAUUAGCACUUAAUUUCCUACGUAAUCAGUGGGAUCAAGUUAAUGCAUAUUAUGGAGAAGCUUUUAACACUGUUACAAAAAUGGUAAAAUCCGCGCACACAUUUUUGAAUACACCAGCACAAUUGGAGGAGGUUUUACAUUUCAAACGGAAGCAUGAAAAUAAUUUAUAUACAUCGGAAAUGGCUUUAAAUUAUGUGAUAGAUCAAGUAUUAGCAAAUAUUGAAUGGAAGAAAAAUAGUUAUCAAGAUGUUGCUGAUUGGUUAAUAGAAUUUAAUGAAAUAUGGGGCCGUUACGUUUAAUUUAUUUAAAUAAUUAGAUAACAAAUUGAUCAAUGAUAUAUUUUUAAAUAGAUAUCGCAUUAUAUUUUUUAUUAUUUAAAAGAAAAUGCAGUUCCUAUUUUAUUUUAUGCGUACAAAUAGGGGUUGCACAAUUAUUGUGAGAUUUACAAAACACUUUCAAAUACUUCGAUUGAUAAUUCGAAGCCUGAGAGCUAGUUGGCUAAUUAAAAAAAAAGCUAGUUCUCCUUCAGCAUUAUUUAACACAUUUCGUAGACAAAAAUUCCAACAAGUUAGAUAAUAAUAGUCUUUUUCGACUUUCGAGUCAACUAGCCCUUAGGCAAUUAGAAAAUUGUAUAAUUUAAUUAAACUAAUUGUAAGAUUCCGUACCCAAAGCUAUCAAGGGCAAGUUGCAUUUAAAACGGAAAUGUUUUUUCCGAAAAUAAAUAAAAAGUGUAUUAUGAAAAAAGUUAAAAUCGUCCAUACAAACACGGAAAAUCGUUUUUUCGUAAAGCGGUAUUAUGGAAGGUAAAACACUUCUCAUUUGUAGAUUCGAUUAUUUCAAUGUCGGCAGUUAUUUAAGAAAAUUAAAUGCGGAAAUUUUUAUUAAUAAUAGCUUGUAUCUUUUACGUGCCAGACUGUUUUAAGUGAUUUGUUAUUUUUAAA